UGAGAGUGACUCACUGACAAGCAGUUGGUUUUCAAUAAGGAAAUUGAAGACAUUUUGCAUCUGGAGUACUUUUGAGGGCACAAGCCGGGGGACACGUUCAAGCACUGGGAAUGAACUCUCAGACUCACAGGCUCUACAGUGGGAGGAGUGGAGACUGAAAACAACUUUUGUAAAGCUCAUCUGCUUUAUCAGGAUGGGCUGCGCUUGCAGUGACCAGAAGCAAGUAAAAGAUGACAAGGUCUACAAAGGAAAACACAACUCUCAGGGCCUGCACUCAUCAAAUCACAUAGCACGAAGUGGAAAUACCUAUACGGAUAAUGAUGACAUCGUGUUUGUGGCACAACAUGACUUCAAAGCGACCAACGACAAUGAUCUGCCUUUCAGAAAGGGAGACAAACUUAAGGUUUUACAAGAAAAUGGAGAAUGGUGGUUGGCUAAAUCAUUGCUGACUGGACAGGAGGGCUUCAUACCAUGUAAUUAUGUUGCCAGGGCAGAUACACUGGAGAUGGAAAAGUGGUUUUUUAAGGACAUCAGUAGGAAAGAGUGUGAACGAAUGCUUUUAGCCCCUGGAAAUAAACCUGGUGCCUUCCUGCUCCGAGAGAGUGAGACCUGUAAAGGGUCCUUCUCACUGUCAGUCAGAGAUUAUGUAUCAGACCAAGGAGAUGUGGUAAAACACUACAAGAUCCGCAGUAUGGACAAAGGUGGCUACUACAUCUCUCCCUCCAACACGUUCCAAUCCCUACAGGAACUGGUUAAAUACUAUGGUCGUACCGCAGACGGUUUGUGUCAGCGGCUGUAUGCCCCUUGUAAGCCUAAGGCACCCCAGCAGCCGUGGGCUCAUGAUGAAUGGGAGAUUCCCAGAGAGACCCUGAAAAUGGUGAAGAAACUGGGGGCCGGGCAGUUUGGAGAAGUGUGGAUGGGUUACUACAAGAACACCCAGAAGGUUGCUAUUAAGACCUUAAAGGAGGGAACGAUGGAGCCUGAGGCCUUCCUCCAGGAGGCCAACCUGAUGAAGCAGCUACAGCAUGAACGACUGGUGCGCCUCCAUGCUGUGGUCACUAUGGAGCCUAUUCUUAUUGUCACUGAGUACAUGAUCAAUGGAUGUCUACUAGACUUUCUAAAAACAGACGAAGGAAAAAAGCUUAAGCUACAUAAGCUGAUAGACAUGUCAGCGCAGAUAGCUGAAGGCAUGGCGUACAUCGAGAAGAAGAACUACAUCCACCGAGACGUGCGUGCAGCUAACAUUCUGGUCAGUGAGACCCUGCACUGCAAGAUAGCGGACUUUGGUCUGGCCAGGAUCAUCGAGUCAGAAUACACAGCUCAAGAAGGUGCUAAAUUUCCCAUCAAAUGGACGGCUCCAGAAGCCAUCAAUUUUGGCACAUUCAGCAUCAAAUCGGAUGUAUGGUCUUUUGGGAUCCUCCUCACAGAGAUAGUGACCUAUGGAAGAAUACCCUACCCAGGUAUGACCAACCCAGAGGUGAUCAGGAGCCUGGACAGGUCGUACAGAAUGCCACGUCCUGAAGGCUGCCCUGAGGAAUUUUAUGACAUUAUGAUGACAUGCUGGAGGCAGAGGCCUGAGGAACGACCGACUUUUGACUUUCUGCAAAACACUCUCAACGACUUCUUUGUCGCCACGGAGGGACAAUAUGAGAUGCAACCGUGAUUAAAAGAAAAUGUUUCCUGUCGUUAACCCGAAGACAUCAAAAUAAGAAAGAGGGAUGUGAGACUUGAACGGACCGAGGACAAACCAAACAUCUUUAUAACAGAAACAAUUUAUUUUUUUGAACAUUUUAAAUGGACACACUUUUUUACGUCUACCUUCUGAGUGAAUGUAAAAGCUGUUUAUGGCUUCUUCUGUCUCUAGCAGCUAUGAGCGUCUGAAAACAUGUUAAAAGUCAGACAAGAAAUGUUCAGAACUCCUACACAAGGUUUUAUUACACUGACUAUAUACCUGUUAAUGAUGGCUCCCACUCUUGAUGACAGCCAUGGAGUACGAGGAUAAUUAAGAGUGAGAUACGGUGGUUAAAAGGAAUACGGAAAUACAAAUACAGUACAUGCAUGAUGUAAAAAGGCCUCUGGACCCGAGGAAGUCGUCACAGGUAAAGUUACAGAUGAAACAUUUGCAUGGUACAGAAACGAGCAGCCUGAGAUUACAUGCACAGCACUUUUUUUAUUCUUUCAGUCAUUCCGCCAGUUAUAAAAAAGAAAAGGGCUUUUCAAAGACAAUUUUAUACUUGCAUACAAGUUUUUUUUUAAUAAAAUUAUUUACGUUAUUUAGAA